AAACAAAAGUUAUAUAUGUCAUUACAGAAAACCACCCAGCAUCAGGCGGCAGUGACCCCGCCCGCGCCCGCCUCCACGCUCGGCCGCGACGAUCUCCUCGACGAGGUCUUCGGCGUCAAGCCUGGCACGGUCGCCGCCUCCGGAUGGAUGAACGACGUCCUCAGCGCACAGGACGAGGUGACGGUGACGAUCCUGGCGGUGGUCGUGGCGAUAGCAAUGGCUGCCGUCAUCGCAGCCACCGUCUGCCUCGUGUAUUCGAGGGUCAAAGCUCGGAGGCGGAGGAUCAGAAUCCACAACGUGAUCACCGACCUGCAGUCACGAGACAAAAUCGUUCUCAUGAAUUCGGACGAGUCGGAGGAAGAAUGAACACGGGAGAAGAAAAGAGGGGCCAAGGAAGGAGGAAUUGGCGAGGAAGGGGAAAGGAAAGGGAGCGAGGACCCAGAAGGACUAAGAGUGACGCGGGAAAGAAAAUUAUGGCGGGAAGGAACGGCGAAGAAAUGGAAAGGAGGAGGAAGAAGAACGAAAAAAGAAGAAAGAUGUGCGUGGCAUUUUUCGCUAGAAAUGUUUAUAUCCAGAUAAGCGAAUGUUUCAGAAUAAUAAAAAAGCGUUAUGCAUUGAAAUUCUUUCCAGCUGACAAAUUACUAAAGAGAAUUCCAGACAAAGAAAUAACGAGAAAAAAUGUAAAUUGAAGAAGAACGGACGAUUGAUAAACAAGAGGACAUAAGCCACACGAAAUUAAGAGACAAACUUCAUAUACUCCAGCUACUAACCGCAUGAGAACAGUGCCAUUCGCAUCCUCACAUUCAUAUAACAUAAUUCUUGCUUAAUAAUGACACUGCUGGCUUGAUACGAGGAGCAAGUACAAUGCCAGGCAGAACACGAGUCCGCUAGGCCGGAUAAUUAACGUUGUUAAAGCUACAAUAUAUUUUGUAAAAAAAUGUUAUUUUGUUUAUUAAUGAAUUGUCUUCUGUUGGUUUCAGAUUGUCUAGUUGCCAGCAUUGGAAGUAUAUAACCUUUUAAAUGACUAAUAUAUAUUAAGUGUUUUACAUGAGACACAAAAUAAUAUCACAUAAAAGCUGAAUAUUUAUAACAAUAUUUGGUGUUAUAUAUGUUCCGGAUCAAUAUAUGUAUGCUGUAUA